AUGAGUGAGCAAAAAAAAUAUUUUGUAUAAAAUGAACUUAACCAUUACAAUUAAAUAUAUAUAUUAAAUGGAAGUAUAAAUUUAGAUAAUGAAUAAUUAAUAAGUAUAAUAUCUUGUUUAUUAGAAGAAAUACUUCAAAUAACUGAUUAAUAAGAAAAUAAAUUUCCUUCAAUUUUUCAUAAUAAAAAACUUCCGACUAUUUCAAUUCGAGACUAUUUAUUAAGAAUAAAUCGAAUAUGUCAUUGCUCUUAAGAAUGCUUUAUAUUAUCAAUAAUUUAUAUAGAUAAAAUAAUAUAAAGAUAAAAGGAAUUUGUUGUAAAUAGUUUUUGUAUACAUAGAUUAUUACUUGCUUCUAUUAUGGUUGCCGCUAAAUUUUUUGAUGACAAAUAUUAUAAUAAUAGUUAUUAUGCAAAAGCAGGAGGAGUAAGUAGUGUAGAAAUAAACUAUUAUGAAAGAAGUUUUUUAUAAUUAAUUAAUUUUAAUUUAUUUGUAAAGGAAUACUAAUUUUAUAAUUACAGAUAAAAAUUAUUAGAUUCUUAUUAAUAAUAAUUGUAAGGAAGUGAAUCAUAAAUUUGA